AUGGAGUUCGAAGAUGAAAUGUACUCCGGCGGUGCUGCUUCCUCCCGAUCUAACAGCCGUCCUCCGCACCGGGCCCGCUGCCAGGCCCCACAGGAAUCUGUGAAGCAAUUCUGGGAACAGUUCAACACAAGAUACCCUGGCAAAGUCUACACCGUUCUACCGGACAACGCCUAUGCGCGCACACGCGCAAAGCGUGUCCCCAAUGGUGUAAUCCAGGGUCACCAGGCUGUUAAGUCGUAUGAGCAGGCGAAGCUUGAGUGUCAGAAGUCCGUGGAUCGCAUUGUGAAGGAGUGUCAGCGGGCCAACCAGAAGUAUACGGAUCCGCAUUUUGACAUUGAGUUGGACUUGAAAUCCGGGCGCAAGAAUUAUUUGUUUGGGCUUGAUAAGACGAACGAGGAGAUGAUGCCUCUGGGUGUGAAGAGAGUGACGGAAAUCUUCAACGACCCCCAGUUCUAUGUCAAUGGACCGACGGCGUCAGAUGUGCGCCAGGGACGUGAUGGGGAUUGCUGGCUCAUGGCUGCGCUGUGUACCAUGGGCAACAAGGAACAUUUGAUUGAGAACAUCUGCGUUGCCCAGUGCCAGGCUAUAGGAAUCUAUGGAUUCGUGUUCUAUCGCGAUGGAGAAUGGCAACAAUGCAUGGUGGACGACAAGUUGUAUCUUCGUUCGGCUGAUUAUGAUGAGUCGAUUGACGAGCGUCCGCUUUGGGAUGACAGAAUUGGCACAGAUGCUGAAGAAGAGUAUCGUCGAGUCUGGCAGACAGGUUCUCGAGCUCUGUACUUUGCACAAUGUGCUGAUCCAAACGAGACCUGGCUACCCUUGCUAGAAAAGGCCUUUGCCAAAGCCCAUGGUGAUUAUUCCGCCAUCGAGGGUGGGUUUGUUGGUGAAGCCAUUGAGGAUUUGACUGGGGGUGUCACUUCGGAGAUCCUGUCGAAUGACAUCCUGGACAAAGACCGGUUCUGGAAUGAGGAGUUGAUGAAAGUCAACGAGGAGUUCUUGUUCGGUUGUGGAACAGGAAUGUUUUCGAAUUGGUUGGAUCCACAGUAUAAAGGUCCUCCACGAGAUCGAAAGGGGAUCUCAGAGAACCAUUCAUACUCCAUUAUGGAAGCGCGAGAGAUCAAGGGGAAUCGCCUUCUUCGUCUGAGGAAUCCCUGGGGCAAGAAAGAAUGGCACGGUGCCUGGGGUGAUGGAUCCGAGGAGUGGACUGCUGAAUGGCUGCAGCUGCUAGGCCAUAAAUUUGGCAACGACGGGUUCUUCUGGAUUUCUUACAACGAUCUUCUUCGAAAAUAUCAACACUUUGACCGCACCCGACUUUUCGGACCCGAUUGGACCAUCACGCAACAAUGGACGACACUCAAUGUUCCCUGGUCCGCAGAUUAUCACAGCACAAAGUUUAUCAUGAAUGUUACCCAAGGCGGCCCAGUCGUUAUCGUUCUCUCUCAGCUUGAUACCCGAUACUUCAAAGGCCUCGCUGGCGAAUAUACGUUUGUCCUAAAAUUCCGUGUCCAAAAGGAAGAUGACGAGGAAUACAUGGUGCGCAGUCAUAGCAGCCAUUUUAUGGGCCGAUCAGUCAAUGCCGAGAUCAACCUUGACCCAGGCCGUUACCAUGUUCUGAUGAAGAUCACUGCAUUCCGAAACGAAGAGGUCGAGCCUACUGACGAGAUUGUACGCCGCCUUGCCUCCUCCAGAAGAGAAAAGCUGGUGCAGGUUGGUCUUUCGUAUGAUCUUGCUCAUGCCAAGGGUCUGGUUAGCGAUACGGAACAAGAACGUUACGAGCAGGAAAGACGAAAGGCCCUUGAGCGCAAGAAGCUGCGCGAUGAAACCAAGAGGAGAAUGCAGAUCCAAUGGAUUCGCGAUCGCAAGAUGGCUGCAAGGGAGCAGCGCAUGGAGGCUCGUCAGAACAUUUCUAUGGCCAAUGGAACAAUGGACUGCCCAAUGCCCUUGCCAAUCACUCAGAUUAUGAGUGAGAAGCCCACCGCGUCGCCCACAGAGAGUGUCUACAGUGAUAGCAGUGAGCCGCGACCAACUCCUAACAGCUCUGUUCCAACAAUUCAGUUCAAUGGGCUGCAACCUAGACACGCUUCCGGUGGGCCUCAUGGUCGAAGGACGGAGUCGCCGCGACCCAGCUUGAACAAACGUCUAGCUAUGGAUCAUCUGGACGUCAACGACCUAGAGUUGUUAGAAGGAUUUGAAUUCGACAGUGACAUUGACAUGCCGCCUGAUGAUAUGGACAACAAAUCUGCUCGCCAGAUGUCCCAGAUUGAAGGACCUGCUGCGGAUCCCUGGAAUGCUGUGUGCGUGGUUGGUUUGCGUGUUUAUUCCAAGGACCCGAAGCUCAGUCUCGAGGUCAUACAACCAGUACCAGAUGACGAUACAGAAGCGCCUCUAGAUAUAGAUGACCCGGCUGCAUCUGCAACUGUUGGAAAGUCUCUUGGGAACACUUCACAUGGACAUUGGUGA